GUUAUGGUGAUUUCUUCUCCGUACUAGCAUUUCCAUGCAACCAAUUUGGUGAUCAAGAACCGUUUGAUAUGCCGGAGAUCAUCGAGUUUGUCACCACAGAGUACAAAGUGGAGUUCCCUAUUUUCAAUAAGAUCAGUGUUGUUGGAGAGCACGCAGACCCUGCCUUCAAAUUCUUGAUUGAGACUUCAUCGGUAGUUCCCGAUUGGAAUUUCUACAAAUACCUUGUGGAUGAAACAGGCCAAGUAAUUGGAGCCUGGGGAACACGCACCUUAGUGGAAGACAUUUUCGAUGACAUCCAGGCAGCUGUCAAGAAGGUCAAAGCAAAACAGGCAAGAAGUGCAGGAGGCAAGCAGAAGGUCGAUAAGAAGGAAUCUGAAACUCCAAAAGAUGAACUGUAAACUCAUGUUUUGAGGAUCUUAUUAUAUGAUAAUACAGAGGCAUUUUAAUCUAUUUUGUACUUGUUCUAGAGUCUAAUUUUUUUAACUGUGAAAAGUGAUAAAGCUUUAGUCUUAAUUUAAAUGAUAUUAUGUGGCGGCUACCGUUCUGGGAAACCAGACGUCUAGGGCAGAUGACUUUUUGUACCGUUUCCUAAUAAAUUAGAAACAUUUUAUUAUUAA